GCGUGUCCAAGGCGUCAUCUUUAAGCUCACAAAAGUGUGGCUGACAAGUAAUAAGCCACACGUUGACAAGUGAAUUUAAUGCUGCCGGGGACAAUCGUUCUGCGUCUCUUUUGAUCACAUAAGAUGUCUUCACUCCUCAAGGUGGACAAUGAAAUUAAAACAAAGGUUGAUGCUUUCAGGGAACGUAUCACUUCAGAAGCAGAGGAUCUAGUUGCGAAUUUUUUCCCAAAGAAGUUACUGGAGCUUGAUCACUUCCUUAAGCUUGUUGUUUUUCAGGAUCCCAUCAUAAACAUCACUGAACUGAAGGAGAUCCACUCUGAGAUAAACCUGACGGUGCCAGACCCCAUCCUGCUCUCAAACCUGCAUGACGGACUAGAAGCGCAAAAUGCCAAAAAGCGAAAGCUGGAGGAUGGAGGGGAGGACGCGGUGACUGGCACCAAGGUCUUUGUCAUGCCCGGUGGAAUGAUGAAGAGCAACGGAAACCUUGUCGAUCUCAUUGAAAAGGUCAAACCAGAGAUCAGGACACUCAUAGAGAAAUGUAACACAGUCAAAAUGUGGGUUCAGCUGCUUAUCCCCAGGAUAGAGGAUGGCAACAACUUUGGGGUGUCCAUCCAGGAGGAGACAGUAGCUGAGCUCAGAACAGUUGAAGGGGAGGCAGCCUCUUACCUCGACCAGAUAUCAAGAUACUACAUCACAAGGGCAAAGCUGGUUUCUAAAAUAGCUAAAUAUCCACACGUGGAGGACUAUCGGCGCACAGUAACCGAGAUUGAUGAGAAGGAAUACAUCAGUCUGAAGAUCAUAGUUUCAGAGCUCCGAAAUCAAUAUGUAACGUUACACGACAUGAUCCUGAAGAACAUUGAGAAGAUCAAGAGGCCACGAAGCAGUAAUGCUGAUGCACUGUACUGAUUUUCAUCCAGCCAUCUCAGCCUCAGCCUCCACCUCCCAUCUCCACCCCCCUGUCUCCCUGCCAUGCCUGUCCAGCUACAGUAGCCUGGCCCUGGUCCACAGGACUACGACAUUCACCUACUUCAGUACAAUCAAGUCAGCCCAGUACAGAAACAUAGCUUCCAUAGGACACAACGCACAUGUUUUUGUUUUAAAUGUAAGAUAUUUUUUUUGUUUUAAACCCUUUGAAGACAUAAAUAUUCUCUCAGAAAAUGGGGAGAUAGAUCAUAGACAACAAAAAGCGCUAUGUAUUUUUUAAUUUUAAUUAAACAUUUCGUCCUCAGAUCUUUGUGAAAUUGCUUCAUUUAUAGCUCUUAAGACAAAUUCAGAGCAAAGUGGUUUGUUUCCCACCCACUGCUUCACUGAAUGUUUACUCUUCUUUUUUUAUUAUUUUAUUUAAGUCUUACGUUUGACUCCUGCUACAUCUGGAGGAUGGUCGUUUAUAGGAUACGCAACACAAAAUCAGUUUGUUUGUUUCUCCGAAUGUUAUACAUACACAGUUCAGUCGUAACAAAUAUGAAAGCUAAGCAGGUUUUAGGUCCACAGGCUUAUUGGUUUUCAGUGAAAAUUCAUAAGUCACCAAAGCAUCUCUUAUGUUGAGGCAUUGAUUCUAUUGAAUAAAACAUUUUUGAUAAGAGA